AUGGCCGAGCGUGCCCUGCAGCAGAUCAUCUCGCAGCUCAAAUCGCACCCCAACGCGCCCUACAAUGAAGCCUCCAAGCUGCUGUCGAAAGGCAAGCUCGCCCUCCUCCAGCUGAAAGCCGUGUCGCCCUCGCCCUCGACCCCAUCCUCACACCUCGCUCUCGCGCGGGACCUCUACGAGGCUGGCGCCCUGUUCAGCAUCCGGGCCAAGAACGCCGAGGCCUUCACGCGCUACGUCUCGCAGCUGCAGCCCUUCUACGAACUCGCCGACGACUCCGAGAGCGGCGGCAGCAGCGGCGGCGAGAACAGGAACAAGGUGACGGGUCUGUAUCUCCUCCUCCUGCUCACGCAGGGCCGGUACGCCGAGUUCCAUUCGGAGCUCGAGGCUCUGGGCACGCGUGCCCGCGGGAACGAGGAGAUCGAGCGCGACCGUUAUCUCGGGUAUCCGAUCAAGCUCGAGAGGUGGUUGAUGGAGGGCAGCUACGAUCGCGUGUGGAAGGCCACGAAGAGCCGGGAGGUGCCCAGCGAGGAGUACGGUGUAUUUUCCGAGAUUCUCACCUCCCAGAUCCGAUCCGAGAUUGCCUCCAGCAGCGAGCGCGCAUACCCCUCGCUACCACUAAGCAGCACCAAGUCCCUGCUCUUCCUCGAGUCCGAAGGCGCGGUCGUCGAAUUCGCCCGUCAUCGAGGCUGGAUCAUCCGCGACGGCCAGAUCUACUUCCCCGCCGCCGAGGGUGCCGAAGACGGCGCCGACGACAAGGAGAUCAGCCAGAUGGUGAUUGAGAACACGCUCGGAUACGCAAGGGAACUCGAGACCAUCGUCUAA